UUCUUAUUUUUUAAAAAGGCCCACCUACUGCAUGACCCACAUCUCUCCGAGAAACCUUUCUUCGCCUCUCAAACCCUCUGUCUUCUCCGGCAGCCCAUAGCGACACAAAUCUUCCGGCGGCGCGACCGACGAGACCGGCGACAAUCUCCGACGACAUUAGAUCCACGGCGGUGGACUGUACAUUCCGCAAGCAGUAACAAUGCAACCACUCCUGUGAACAUAGAUCGGCGUUCUUCCCAGUAUAGGUGAGGUUUCAAACCAUAAAAAGGAAAAGGAAAUGCUAGGAAGACGUCUCAGUUUCUUGCUCUCUAGCUCAUUUGCCUCAGCUUGGACUAAACCCACACCUACUAUUGUAACAAAGCAAGCAUUAUCAUAUCCAUUCCUAGAGUUCCAGAGGAACUCUAGUCUUGAUCGGACUGUAGGUUUCCCUCUAUCUGGAAAUGUCUUGGGUUUUCGAGCUUACAGCCUUUUGAGUUUAAAUGAUUUGAGAGACAAAGCUCCGAGGAAACAAAAGACGAGAAAGGGGCGUGGGAUUGGUUCUGGGAAGGGGAAGACUGCAGGUAGAGGUCACAAGGGCCAGAAAGCAAGAGGUUCUGGGAAGCUGGGGUUUGAAGGCGGUCAAACCCCGCUUCGUCGUAGGCUUCCCAAAAGAGGCUUUAAAAAUCCUUUCAGCCUCACAUUUCAGCCAGUUGGUCUGGGAAAGAUCGCCAAACUUAUAAAUGCUGGAAAAAUAGAUUCUUCUGAAUUGAUCACCAUGAAAACACUCAAGCAGGAUACAGGUGCAAUAGGAAAGCAAAUACAGGAUGGGGUAAGGUUGAUGGGACGUGGCGCCGAACAUAUUAAGUGGCCAAUUCACCUAGAGGUGUCGAGGGUGACUGUCAGGGCAAAGGAAGCCGUUGAAGCUGCAGGUGGGACUGUUAGAAAAGUGUACUACAACAAAUUAGGGUUCCGAGCGCUGCUCAAGCCCGAGUGGUUUGAAAAGAAGGGCCGGCUUCUGCCACGAGCAGCGAGGCCGCCCCCUAAGCAGCGAGACAAAGUCGACAGCAUUGGCCGUUUGCCUGCUCCAACUAAACCCAUUCCUUUUUCAGUUGAAGUUGAAGAUGGAGGGGCAGCUUCCAGUUUGUCUACCUAAUUUAAUCAUUCAAAUAAAGGACUCUAACUUUUUGGUUGAGCAUUUUCUGUUGGUUCAUUAUGUAAUUUGAUAAUGAUUUGUUUUUUUUUCUGUUUGUCUUGAAUCAAAUAGAGAUUGUCACCAUGAUUAGGUUGGAGUAGGAGUUCUUGAAUCAAAGAGGUCCCUAAUCGUCAACACGAGCAUAGCUCAAUGGUUAAGACACUUUACUGUUUUCUCCGUCUCUACAUCUAUUGUAAAAAAAAAGUCCCUUCCUGAUC